AUAUCCCAUUCCCACUUCUAGAAAGUUCCUUCUCAGGAUAUAUAGAGCAGGAGAGUGUGUUACAGAUACGCUUCUUACAGGACACAACUCAGAGAAGAAAUCCAGCGACUCUGUGCUAGAAUGAAAAUCGCAGACAUCAUAACAUCUCAAGGCUGCUACAGCUGUUUUUGGAGACAGACAGGAUGUGGAUGACUAACAUUGUAGCUCUUUGUCUGCUGGCCCUCAUGGCCUCUGCAGAGGACAAGAAGUUGAGCAGCCAUGCCACCACACUGGCUGACAACAGCGCCAAUCUGGCCUUCAGUCUCUACCACAACAUGGCAAAGGAGAAAGACACAGAGAAUAUCCUCAUCUCUCCCGUGGUCGUGGCCUCCUCUCUGGGGAUUGUGGCUCUUGGUGGAAAGGCCACCACUGCCUCCCAGGUCAAAACCGUCCUCAGUGUUGAUAAACUGAAGGAUGAGCAUCUGCAUGCAGGCCUGUCUGAGCUGCUCACUGAGGUGAGCGAUGCCAAGACACGCAACACUACCUGGAAGAUCAACAACCGCCUCUACGGCCCCAGCUCUGUCUCCUUUGCAGAUGAUUUUGUGAAAAACAGCAAGAAGCACUACAACUAUGACCAUUCAAAAAUAAACUUCAGGGACAAGAGGAGCGCAGUGAACUCCAUCAACGAGUGGGCAGCCAAGUCUACAGGUGGCAAGCUGCCUGAGAUCACCAAGGAUGUGCAGAACCCAGAUGGAGCCAUGAUCGUCAAUGCUAUGUUCUUCAAGCCUCACUGGAAUGAGAAAUUCCACGAUAAAAUGGUGGACACGCGUAGUUUCCUGGUUACCCGCUCAUUCACGGUUGGAGUUCCGAUGAUGCAUCGUACUGGUCUGUAUGACUUCUACGAGGACACAGAGAACCGUAUCUAUGUGCUCAACAUGCCUCUGGGCCAGAAGCAAGCCUCUAUGAUCAUGAUCAUGCCCUACCACCUGGAGCCCCUAGACCGCCUGGAGAAACUCCUGACCAGGAAGCAGGUGGACACCUGGAUCAGCAAGAUGGAGAACAGGGCUGUUGCCAUUUCCCUCCCUAAAAUCGCAGUGGAUGUCAGCCACAACCUGCAGAAACACCUGUCUGAGCUCGGCCUGACAGAAGCUGUGGACAAAGCCAAGGCAGACUUGUCCAACAUCUCCGGAAAGAAGGACCUCUACCUCUCUAACGUCUUCCACGCGUCAACCCUUGAGCUGGAUGUGGAAGGAAACCCAUACGACACCAGCAUCUUCGGCUCUGAUAAGCUGAGGAAUCCAAAACUUUUUUACGUGGAUCACCCCUUCAUUUUCCUGGUGAAGGACAACAAGACCAACUCCAUUAUGUACAUUGGCAGGGUAGUCAAACCUAAAGGAGACAAGAUGCGCGAUGAGCUAUAAUGAUAAUUUUGUGAAUUGUGGUAGGUAGCUAUGUUAUUUGUGAAAUAAUGGCAGGAAAUUGUGUGUGUUUCUGGUAUGCCUGUUACCUAAUGAGCACAUUCCAAUAGUCAAUCUGUGGACUGAGUAUCUGAGCUUACUGUUUUUAGACACACCAAAACUUCGCAGGGAACAAUUCUGUGUAAACGUUAGGUCUCAUGCUCUAGCCCCCUUGGCUUGAAUAAUGUCCUCAGUCACAAAUAUGUGUCUCAUUUGUGAUUUCCAUUAACAAACAGCAGUUGGCACAGCAGAAAACAUGCUUAUAUUAAGUAUGAACUCUUUUUCUUUACAUCCUCUUCGCCAGUAUUUGUUCAGCUACGAUCCAUGUGUGUUUUCUUGCAUUAUCUUUAAUGUUUAAAGAGAAAAAGCACAAGCUUGUUUGACAGUUCUGUCUCACUUCUUCCCUUCAUGCUCUCAGUUUUUUUUAUUUUUGCCUCCGGUCUGCACUGAACUGUUUCUCUGCAGAAGUUGAGCUUGCAGAGAUAAGGUGGCAAAAUGUCUGGUGUUUGCUUUAUGUUCACUUGCCAACCAUACUGUGUCAUUUUGUUGCUGUUGGUAUUUUCACAGAGAACUCUUGGAAUUGUGUGAUUACAUAAUAAUUUGUUCACUUUUCAAUAAAAAAAAAGAAAAUGA